AUGUAUGUCGUCAUCUCUGGCGGGGACCUGGUCCUCGUCGUCGGCCCCGAACAACGGUGUAUUCAAGUUUCCGUGGAUCUCCUCCGCACCUCUUCUCCAGUAUUCGAUGACAUGAUAAGCGCUGGCCUUGUCAAGACUCCAGAUGGCGUUCAGGGUACGAUGGAGUUACCCGAUGACAACGCGCUAGCCCUUCUGCACGCUCUCAAGAUCCUUUACGGUGCCGACCCAGUCAUGGGGCAGCUCACGACCAAGGAGAUACAGGAGGUGGCUGUCUUGGUGGACAAAUACAGGAUGGCCCCUCGCUUCCAGUUUAUCGGCACCUUCUGGAUGCGAUCAGUUCCCGUCGAUAACGAGGAAUGCUGGCACUUGAUGACGGCGGCAUUCUGGCUUCGACUUCGCUGCUCCUUCUUUGAAAUGAGCAAGGAGCUUGCCAGGGCAAGGGAUCACAUGCUCUUCAAGUAUGCCAACGAGACGCCGGACAAGGUUCUUGGCCUUCGACUUGGCAUGGCGAUUCAACAGCUCCAGAUCGAAGGAGGAUCGAUGGAGAUGGGUCUCUGCCUCGACUGCUUCCUGAACGCCGACGAGAACCUGAUCGAGCCACGGCCGAACUGCGAUUUCCCGGACCGACAUCUCUAG